AUGGUAGCGAUAACCACAGUGGAUGCAGCAUGCCAGACGGAGGCGGUAGAGGAUGAAGCGCAGAGUGGGAAGGCUGUUGAAGCUCAAGACGUGGCGCACCAGACGGAUGCAGAGACGGCGAUUCAUCGUCGGGGCUUGCUUAACGGAUAUAUCCGUUUAGAUACUGGACUCCAAAGGAAAGCUGGUUUAAGAGGGAAGUCGCAAGAGAGGCGUACCGAAGCACUAAGGUCGAACGUCUAA